AUGAGAAUAGUUAGUGGAACAGUAAAAAGCACACUGACACAAUGGUUACCAGUCUUAACUAAUAUUCUGCCACCAACAUUACGCAGGAAGGAGGCACUGCUUAGAACAACAACCAAAGCUGAUAAGACGAAAAGGUCCCUGUUAUACCAAAUGCUGAGAAAUACACCUAACCUCAGGCUAAAAUNAUAUAAAAAUAGUGGUCUAGUGUCAGAUCCUAAUAAAGGUGUAGAAGGCAUGGAUUUACCACGAUGUAUGGUCCGUACUUAA